ACGAACAAACCAGAGUCGAGAAAGAGCAUCUAACCAAAUUGUUCACCGUUGGUUAUUCAAAAGAUUCCACUGAGAAACGUACACAGUGAGAAAGAAACUAUGCGUUAGUGCACAAACCACUUAUCUGUUUCCAACAACAUUUGUGUUAUCCAUGGCUUCCCACGUUGCUCUUCUUCACCAAACUCCUCUUUCAAUUCCCACUCAUCAACGCUUUCACUUCAAACAAAUUUGCAUAAAUGGACUCAAACCCAUCACCAUUUCUUCUUCUUCUUCUUCUUCUUAUUGCUUUCCAUGUUCCACAACAACUCAAAGAGGGUCUUCUUCCUCAGUGGUUACGUGUUCCUCUUUGAAUGGGAGAGAACCAGAUUCGGUGGAUGAUGAUGAUGGUGUCAGAAGCGUGGAGCGCAUUCUUGAAGAGAAACGACGAGCUGCAUUGUCUUCUAGGAUUGCCUCAGGGGAAUUCACUGUGAAACAGAAAUUUGGUUUACUUUCUCUACUGAAGAUCUUGGUAAAGUUUGGGGUGCCCAAUGAAGUUUUGGAAUUUUUGUUUGGUUGGGUUGAAGGGAGUGGCGUUUACCCCAAAAUUCCUGAGGCAAAAGGGUCAAUCAAAGCCAUUCGAAGUGAGCCCUUCUUCAUUCCCUUGUAUGAACUUUACAUCACAUAUGGUGGGAUUUUCAGGUUGAACUUUGGACCAAAGUCCUUUCUGAUAGUAUCUGACCCAUCUAUUGCAAAACACAUAUUGAGAAACAAUUCAAAGGCUUAUUCAAAGGGUAUAUUGGCUGAGAUCCUAGACUUUGUAAUGGGGAAAGGUCUCAUCCCAGCUGAUGGGGAAAUAUGGCGAGUUAGACGACGUGCUAUAGUCCCAGCAUUGCAUCAAAAGUAUGUAGCGGCUAUGAUUAGCCUUUUUGGACAAGCUACAGAUAGGCUCUGCAAGAAGCUAGAUGCUGCUGCAUCUGAUGGAGAAGAUGUCGAGAUGGAGUCACUUUUCUCUAGAUUGACCUUGGAUAUCAUUGGCAAGGCAGUAUUCAAUUAUGAUUUUGAUAGUUUAUCAAAUGACACUGGUAUAGUUGAGGCUGUUUAUGAUGUAUUGAGAGAAGCAGAAGAUCGGAGUGUAGCUCCAAUUCCAGUCUGGGAGAUCCCAAUAUGGAAAGACAUAUCGCCACGUCAAAGGAAGGUUAAUGCUGCUCUCAAAUUGGUCAAUGAUACGCUCAAUGAUCUGAUAGCAAUAUGCAAGAGAAUGGUGGAUGAAGAAGAGUUACAGUUUCAUGAGGAGUACAUGAAUGAACAAGAUCCAAGUAUUCUGCACUUCCUGUUGGCAUCAGGAGAUGAUGUGUCAAGCAAGCAACUCCGCGAUGAUUUAAUGACAAUGCUUAUUGCUGGACAUGAAACAUCAGCUGCUGUUUUAACUUGGACCUUUUAUCUUCUAACUAAGGAGCCUAGGGUCAUGUCCAAGCUCCAAGAAGAGGUUGAUUCUGUUCUUGGAGAUCGAUUUCCAACUAUUGAAGACAUGAAGAAACUCAAAUAUGCAACUCGAGUGAUCAAUGAGUCACUUAGGCUUUACCCACAGCCGCCUGUGUUAAUUCGCCGCUCUCUUGAGGAUGAUGUUCUUGGAGAGUAUUCUAUUAAAAGAGGUGAAGAUAUAUUUAUAUCUGUCUGGAACCUGCAUCGCAGUCCAGAACUGUGGGAUGAUGCUGAUAAGUUUGAACCUGAAAGAUGGGCAUUAGAUGGACCAAACCCUAAUGAGACGAAUCAAAACUUCAAAUAUCUUCCGUUUGGUGGAGGACCACGGAAAUGUGUAGGUGAUUUGUUUGCUACAUACGAGACUGUAGUAGCACUUGCAAUGCUUGUUAGACGAUUCAACUUUCAAAUGGCAGUUGGAGCUCCACCAGUUGAGAUGACUACUGGAGCUACAAUUCAUACGACACAAGGGUUGAGAAUGACUGUAACACACCGUAUAAAACCUCCCAUUGUACCCUCAUUACAGAUGCCAACAUUGGAAGUGGAUCCAUCUAUGAGCAUUUCUGAUAAGGAUGAAAUAAAUACAAAAGGUCAAGUUUAUUAUCAGGCUCAGUCCUAAUUGCUGCUGUAGCACAUCAUAAACCAUACAAUAUAAAAUGAGUGGAAAAGGGGGUAAAAAAAGUAUAAUUCUUUGCUAUCUUCCAAUUGUUUAAGUGAAAUUAUGUAGUAAGAAGUUAAGGCUUCAUACCCCCAACCACCCCCCACCUCUGCUCCUUUCUCAAGGAAGAGAGAAAAACUUAAAAGUCCUUUUCAUCUUUACAAUUCUUAUUAAGAGUGCAAUUCAAGAAUUAUAUUUAUAAAUAUAACUUAAAAGAUGAGAAGCGUCUGAACAAAUUAAAUUUGAUGCUUUGUGUACUAAGCACUUAUUGAAGAAGUUCUUAGAAAAUUAGGCUUGCAAAAGGAUCCUCUACGUGACAUUGUCCACUGGGUUUGGUGCAUCCAUCAGAUCCCUUAACUCUUUCUCAAAAGUUAGUUCAAAGGAUGAGGUUUAUUUAAGUUC